ACGUCAUUUCCUGUGGAGGGAACCUAACCCGGAACAGGGUGUUGGCUGAAGAAGGAGGAGAAGUCGGGACUGGGACCUGAACUAGAACCAGGACUGGGAUUUGGACACUUUACUAAAGACAUCGAUUAGCACGUGUGCUGUUAAAAAGUGGUUUUGAGCCAACAGGACAGGUAACACCUUACCUCCAGGUGACGCGCGUUCAGGUGAACUUUCUGCAGACGGGAAGAGACACAGGUGAGACAAACACGACAGCUGAACUAUCAUUAGCUAACAAUAGAGGAGAAGAUGAGUGGAGGGAUGAACAGCAUUGAUGCGGUGAAGAAGAAGAUCAAAGUUCUCCAGGAGCAGGCAGAGGAGGCGGAGGAGCGUGCCGAGCGUCUGCAGAGGGAGGUCGAGAAGGAGAAGAGGACCAGAGAGGAGGCAGAAGGGGAGGUGUCCUCUCUGACCCGACGCCUACAGCUCAAUGAGGAGAACCUGGACCGGGCUCAGGAGAGACUGGCUACUGCCCUGCGCAAACUGGAUGAGGUGGAGAAGGUUGCUGAUGAGAGUGAGAGAGGUAUGAAGGUGAUUGAAAACCGAGCUCUGAAGGAUGAGGAGAAGAUGGAGCUACAAGAAGUUCAGCUGAGGGAGGCCAAGCUGAUCGCUGAGGAGGCUGAUCGCAAAUAUGAGGAGGUGGCUCGUAAACUGGUGAUGGUGGAAGGAGAGCUGGAACGAGCUGAAGAGAGAGCGGAGCAGGCUGACAGAAAGUGUCGGCUGAUGGAUGAAGAGCUGAAAACAGUGUUUGCUGGAGCCAAGAGUCUGGAGGCGCAGGCUGAGAAG